AUGGCCGGACUGACCCUGUUGCACCAAGCCACAGAAAAUAGCGAUAGCGGGAUAGUCCAACAAUUGCUCGCCUUUGAGGAGACCUCCAUCGAUGCAACGGACAGACACUCCUGUAUCGCUAUCCACAUUGCAGCAGAGUAUGGAUGCACGUCGGUAGCCAUGUGCCUGCUGGCCAAAUGCGGUUUAGAGUCUAACGCAAGAGAUAUCUACGGUCGGACCGCCUUCCACAUCAUAGCAGAAUAUGGCAAGAAGUCGAUCACAAGGCUUCUUUUAGUCCAUGAUGCUGUGGAUAUCAAUCCCCUAGAUUUGAACCGAGAAACAGCACUCUGCUUGGCUGCCGACGCAAAGCACACGGCUAUAGCUCUACAGAUUCUAGUAGAAGAUCGCGUGGACGUCGACCUGGCCGAUCAAACUAACUGGACAGCUCUUCAUCAUGCAGUGAGAACGGGCAACAUACCGGUCCACUUUUUUACUCUCGCGGGGCUCGUGGAAGCGACAGUCGUAGUCACAGGAGCUCCCAUCCCCGCAGGCAAGAGAGGUACAAUGACUUCAGAGUGUGAGGAUGGAUAUGCUGAUUUCUUUUUGGCUGGGAAUCCAGCUUCUUUAUGUCUUUUCGGCUCCGCCUCUCCCAAAGAGUCAGUUGCGCAGAUGAUGACGCGACUUACUUUCUCGUUGAGAGGCGUUGAAGUUGUUGAACGGACGUUCAAAUGA